AUGUGCUUCUACGACCAGCACCGCUUUGCCUGUGGCGAUUGGAAGUGGGGUCACUUCCGACAACACUGUGCCAAGGAAUACCGAAUUGGCGAAACCUGUGGCAUGAAGCUUAUCAUGCAAACCAUCCCUACGGGCACCAAGUGCAAGCUUUGCGAGAAGAUCGAAACAAAAAUGCGCCGUCGGGCCGCCGAAGUCGAGAGGAUUGCGCGGUGGGAGCGCGAACCACACAAGUUUGGUGCCUCCAUCGGCAAAGCAUACGAGCUGAUUCGCGGCCUGGACGGAGAGAUCUAUGAGCUUGGUUGCGAGCGGAGUCGCAGACUGCAACAGAUCUACUAA